CAAAGCCCCGCCCUGCUCGUGAGAGCUCGAGCUCGAGCGCCGUCCGGUUCAGUGACACCUGGAGUAACGCGCGCGCGGACGCACCUGCAGUCACCGAUCAUGGCACUCGCCACCGCCCUCUCGUCUCGCUCCACUGGUGUGUGUGUGCAACGAUCCCCCUGAGGAGAAUCAUGCUGUCGGGCAGCUGGCGCCGGGGAACCAUCAUGGCGUCUGCGAGCGGGUCGGGUCCCGGGUCGAGACUGGGUAACACUGUGAUUCUGGAAGCCCAGUAUGAUUACUCGUACCGCGGCGCCGACGGGCGUCUGGUCUCGAUCCACGAGGGCGAGCGAUUCCUGCUCCUGAAGAAGACGAACACCGACUGGUGGCAGGCCCGGCGGAUCGGCGCGGGCGCGAAGGUCAAACCCGUUUACGUGCCGGCGACGUACGUCAUUGAGCUUCCCGUCAGCUCGUUCCGCCCCUCGAUGCCCAGCAGCCAAUCAGACGCUCUCAAGAUGAUUCCACGAGGGUCCCUCACGCCCUGCAUGCAAACGCACUGCUCAGUGCCUGAUAAGCAGUUCUGUCGCUCCAUGGAGGAUCUGAACUGUAGCAGUGCCUUGAGUGGCCGAGUCCCAGUGAGAGGACAUUUUCCAUCAUUCCCUGCUUCCUCACCCUCGGGUCAGCUGACGGUCCCGGGUGUGUGUGCGGGUCCCAUCGCACGCAGCCAGAGCUCCAGCAACCUCCCCCAGAACCCCUACCAGGACACACACACACACACACUCUCUCUCAGCAGCCCGAGCAGAUCCUACAGCCAGUGGGACAUGAGUGUCGCCACACGCAGACACACAAAUGGACACGUACAGCUCUCAUCAUCGGCCUACAUUUCCCAGAGUUCCCUGUCGGAGGCGGGGAGAAGGCAGUGGGCGGAGCCUCCGAAGCCGUCGCCGGGGCAACGGCCCCUCCAGUCGGUGCAGCUCUGGGAUCAGUACCGAGACCCCGGGACCGGACGCUGUUAUUACAUCAACACCGUAACGAAGGAGCGAUCGUGGAAACCUCCCCGCCGAGCCCGCGAGAGCGGCGGCAACCAGAGCAAGGUUAAUGCGGUUCAUCAUGACCUCAGGCACCUCUCGCUCCCCUUACAGAACUCAGGAACCAGCUCUAUGGACAGGCUCUCACCUGAUCUCACCUACAUUACCCAUAAUGCCAAUGGCUGGCAGCUGAGUCAGAGCAUGCAGAGGGCGUCGUCAUCUGAUGCGUUAAGCUCCGCCUCCUGCGAGGAUUCACGCCGCAUUGGCUCCGCCUUGACAGGGGGCGUGGCCCACAUGAGCCACUCCUACUCCAUGUUCCUGCAGUCACCGGCUCAGAGAACUUCUGCAAACGGAAAAUCUGACUACAGGCUGGUGGUGGAAGCGCCUUCAUCGGACAGCUCACCAGAUAGUGAAGGUGUAACACCGGAACUGGAAAAGGCCGGUCUGCUCAACAAAACCAAGAUAGCAGAAGGAGGCAGGAAACUGAGGAAAAACUGGAACCCUUCAUGGGUGGUGCUGGUGGGAAACAGUCUCGUGUUCUUUAAAGACCCUAAAAGCCAGAAUCCUGACAGCUGGAAACCGGGUCACAGCCGGCCAGAGAGCAGUGUGGACCUGAGAGGAGCUCAGCUUCAGUGGGCCAACGAUCUGUCCAGCAAAAAAAACGUCUUCAAGCUGAGGACGAUUACGGGAAAUGAAUUCUUGCUGCAGUCGGAGACGGACUCUCUCAUUAGAGAAUGGUACAGAACCAUCCAGAACGUCAUCGACAGACUGGAUAAGGAGAACCCUCUGGAUAAUGUUCUGCUGUAUUCUCUGAGGAGAGCCGGCUCGGUCGAGAUGUUGGAGCAGAGCGGAGACGAGGACGAGAACCGCGGAGGAGUCAAGGCAUUGCUCCCUCGUUCCUCCUCUUACAUGGAGAACUCCGAACGCAAGCGUGUGAAGAGCCGCUUGAAGAAGCUGAUCCUCCGGCGGCCGCCUCUGCAAACACUGCAGGAGAAAGGACUCAUUAAAGAUCAGGUGUUCGGCUGUGGACUGGAGCUUCUGUGUGACCGGGAGAAAUGCACCGUUCCACAGUUCGUCAAGAAAUGCACCGAAGCCGUGGAGAGGAGAGGCUUGGAGACUGAUGGGAUUUACAGAGUCAGUGGGAAUCUUGCCGUCAUUCAGAAACUGCGAUUUUCUGUCAAUCACGAGCGAGCAGUGACCACAGACGGACGCUAUCUCUUCCCUGAGGAUUUAGUGCAAGAGCGUCUGGAUCUGGACGACCCGCAGUGGGACGACAUCCACGUCAUCACCGGCGCACUCAAGCUGUUCUUCCGAGAGCUUCCCGAGCCGCUCAUCCCGUACGGAUUCUUCCACGACAUCGUCGAGACCGUCAAAAUAUCCAGUUACCCGGAUAAGGUGGAGCGACUGAAGCUCCUGGUCAUCAGCAUGCCUCCGCCAAACCACGACACCUUGAGUCACAUGAUCCGACACCUGAAACGGGUGAAGGAGAGCUCCGACUGCAACCGCAUGACGACGCAGAACAUCGGCAUCGUGUUCGGCCCCACGCUCAUGCGUCCGGAGAACGAGGGCGGGAACAUGGCCGUCAACAUGCUGUAUCAGAACCAGGCCAUCGAGCUGCUGCUGAGCGAGCACGAGCGCAUCUUCGAGACCGGCGCGCGAACCGGACCGUCCUGAGAACAGCGACACACGAACACUUCAGGCCACGGGAC